AGGGUGUUUUUAAAGAGGAAGAAUCUCCGAGACUCGGACCGAAGAAAAGAAGAAGAAUCGGGUCGGGCAUGUCAGCCGCUCCGAAUUAACUGAAGAAAUCUAAAAUUGGUUGAAGGAGGGGGAAGCCAUGAAAGGUCAGGCGUCGAGUUCCUACAAAGGCGCUGUCAAGUUCAGGAUGCCGACAGCCCAGAAUUUAGUACCGAUUCGCUUGGACCUCGAUGUCGAUGGCCAAAAGUUUAAAGACACUUUCACUUGGAACCCAUCUGACCCUGACUCAGAGAUUGUGGUGUUUGCGAGAAGGACAGCAAAAGACUUGAAGCUUCCUCCGGGUUUCAUUACAGUCAUGGCUUCUGCCAUUCAGUCACAGAUUGCAGACUUUCGGUCGUUGGAAGGCCAAGAUAUGUACCCGGGCGAGAGGAUUGUGCCAAUUAAGCUUGAUCUUCGAGUGAACCAUACUCUUAUUAGGGACCAGUUUUUGUGGGUGAGCUUCAACAGUCGUUUGUUUCAUCUUAUCUUUUCAAUACCUCCUGCUCUUACACUUGGGUUCAUCCGUUUCGAGGGAUUUCAGGACUUGAACAACUUUGAAAGUGAUCCUGAAGAGUUUGCUAAAACAUUCUGCGCAGAUUUAGGUAUUCAAGAUCCUGAAGUGGGGCCUGCAAUUGCCUUUUCAAUUAGGGAACAACUGUAUGAGAUUGCAGUUCAAAGUGUAGCAUCAGCAAGAGAAAACAGAAUAAGCAAAAAGGGACGCCGAGGGGCUGAGUAUACUCCAGUCAGUAAAGCAGGUAGUACUGGAUUGGACCUGGUGAAGUUAUUCGGUCACAAAUCUAGUGUUGUUCGGAAAAGGAAGGAGUGGGAUGUAUACGAACCCAUUGUUGAUCUUCUAUCUAGCGAGGAAGUGGAUGCCCUUCAAGCGAAAGAAGAAAGGCUUACUCGGUGAAUGAACACGACUGUGAGGGGUUUUACUUGUAGUUUGUAUAGGGCACCUGUAGGUGACUAACUAGGAGUCCAAAUUCUACGACUAAUGAAAUAGGGUACUUUAGUUGACUCGUGAGAUGACUGGAUUCUCUGCAUAAUGAAAAUUCGCCAGUCAUUUUGACACUAAUUCUGGUUCUCUAAGUUCAUUUCUCAAAGCCUGCAAGGUGCCCCCCUACAUAUGAAGAAAAUCUUCCCUAUAACCAUUGGAUACACUGGAUCUCUCAAAUCCAUUUGUCCCGUGAUCGGCACGUGAAGAGUUGGAUGUAAGAGGCCUAUUGUGUACAAUGGUUGCAGGAAUUCCCAUAAUUUGCAUUGUGAAUUUAAAUGCAUAAAAAUGCAGUUUUGCUUG